AGAAGAGAGAGGGCGCCUGUUCAUCGCGGUCCAUCCAAUGGUGAGGAGCUGACAGAGUCGCUAUGGUGACGAGAUUGUUUCGACAGAGGCUGUGAUGGGUUGACAGGUGCGUGACAGUCGCGUCUGUGCAAGCAUGUACGCCAAAGGCAAGAACAGCGUGCCAUCGGAUAGUCAAGCCCGAGAAAAGUUAGCUCUGUAUGUGUACGAAUAUCUGCUACAUGUGGGAGCUCAGAAAUCAGCACAGACCUUCCUGUCAGAGAUCCGAUGGGAGAAGAACAUAACAUUAGGAGAGCCGCCAGGGUUCUUACACUCAUGGUGGUGUGUUUUCUGGGACCUCUACUGUGCUGCUCCUGAGAGGAGAGAAACAUGUGAGCAUUCAAGUGAAGCCAAAGCUUUGCAUGACUACAGUGCAGCAGCGACACAGAGUCCGGUGAUUGGAAGUCCUCCUGGAGAUGGUAUGCCUUUGCCCCCGGGAUUUUUUCAGCAGUUUAUGUCUCCUCGAUACCCAGGUGGGCCCAGAGGUUCUCUCAGAAUACCCAAUCAGGCUUUGGGGCCUGGGAACCAAACGCUCCUACCCAGUGGGAUGGAUCCUACAAGGCAGCCAGGCCAUCCCAACAUGAGUGGGCCCAUGCAGCGGAUGACCCCUCGAGGAAUGGUUCCUAUUGGACCACAGAACUAUGGUGGUGGGAUGAGACCUCCCCUAAAUGCCCUAGUGGGACCCGGGAUGCCUGCGAUUAACAUGGGUCCUGCAGGAGGAAGACCAUGGCCAAAUCCUCCAAAUAACAUUUCGAUCCCUUAUUCAUCUGCAUCUCCAGGCAGUUAUUUGGGUCCCCCAGCAGGAGGUGGCCCUCCAGGUACAUCCAUCAUGCCCAGUCCCACAGAGUCAAACAACUCGAGUGACAACGUGUACAGCUUGAUCAGCUCAGUCCCUCCAAAUGGAAACAGACCAAAUUUUCCAUUGGGUUCAGGUCCUGAUGGCCCAAUAGGCAGCAUGGCAAGCAUGGAGCCUCAUCAUUUGAAUGGUUCAUUAGCAGGAUCUGGUGACAUUGAAAGCCUCCCAAAGAGCUCACCAGUAAACCUCAGCAUGAAUAAUCAGCCUGGCACACCAAGAGAUGAUGGAGAAAUGAGUGGCAACUUCCUCAACCCAUUUCAGAGUGAAAGCUAUUCUCCAAACAUUACAAUGAGCGUGUGAGAGGACAGCACAGGAGUUAAGUUUUCACCGUGUUCAGCAAAAAAAACAGAAUCUUCUCCCAACCGAGAUUCUCUUUGGUUUUCUAUUCAUUUUGUCUUUGGUGAACUAUUGUGAAUUUCAGUGACGUCAUCCUACACCAAAUCUGAAUAAACUUAAGCAAGCCAUGAAAAGAAGCUGAAGACACCUAGAAGAAGCCUUUUCACCAUUUUUUGUCAUUCCAUGGUUAAUAUGUCCUGUCUCCUGUUUGGAUUCACACAGGGCUCAAUCCAUUUUUGAAUUCUUGAAACUUUCCACAAGUUUUUCUAUGUACCUUUCUUAUGUAAAAGCUUUUUUUUUUCCUGUCCUAUGCAGCAUAGCUAAUACCAAGAAGCCCUCAGUAUCCCAUACAGCAGUUCCUUCAAUGAUUUCCUCUACUUUUAGAUGCAGCAUAAAUCACACAAUUACACCGUUAUGAUUGAACUGCAGAAAAAAAUAUUUUUGUUGUUGAGUGAACUAAACUUGAUAUUUCAAGGCCUUCGUUAAAUGCAUUAUUUUCAAAUUUAAACGAGGAUUUGAUCAGACGACGAUUACUGACAAAAGCACCCUUUAUCAAACACAUUGUUUAGGCAAACCAAAUGUUGGCUUAAUUUCAGUUGUGCUUUGAAAUAAGACAAAUGUACAGUAUAUCCCUAAAUGUAAUGGAUUAACCUGCAAUUUUUAGGACUGACCUCAAGAUUUCUUGUCACGUUGGAUUUGUUCUUGUAAAUACAGCUAUCUGUGAAGAAUUUGGAUAUGCUGAUAUAAAAAUCAU